AUGAAACUGAUGUGGACCCUCCUUCCUCUUCUUCUCCUAGACCUAACUGUCUUCACUCCAGCCCUGCCCUUCUCAAAACGACAUAUAGACAAUCCCAAGUCGUUGGUCCCUGGAGGAAACCGCCGAUAUUGUGAUGUGAUGAUGAGGCGCCACUGGCUGAUUCACAAGGGUAAAUGCAAGCAGAUCAACACCUUCAUUCACGAGAAUCUGUCCACGAUCGAGGAUUUCUGCAGAACUCCACCAGUGCCCUGUAUCAACAGCCCUUCUAUGAACAAUUGCCACGACAGCACUCAUGAUGUCAGUGUCACUGACUGCUUCGCCAGCGCAGGAGCCCGACCCCCUCAUUGCCACUACCGCAAGAAGGAUUCCACCAGGUCCAUCCGUGUGGGCUGUGAGAAGGGGGAACCUGUUCACCUGGACGGCUAG